AUGUUCCUAGUGCCCGACUCUGUGAUCCCACGUCCAGCCACAGACGACUACUACAACGUUGGCACCUACACUCGACCCAUCAGCACUACUAGCCAAGAUGCGCAGAUCUGGUUUGACCGUGGCCUCAUCUGGUGCUACGCCUUCAACCAUGCCGAAGGCUACCGAUGCUUUGAGCAGGCCAUAGCCCAUGACCGCAACUGCGCCAUUGCCUACUGGGGCCUGGCCUACGCGUCAGGGCCUAACUAUAACAAAGCCUGGCGUCUGUUCGAUCCGGUUGACCUCAGACAAAGCAUGAAGCUAUGCCACGAAGCUGUACAAAAGGCUCAAGAGCUCUGCCAAACAGCUUCCGUUACUCCCAUCGAGCGCGCACUUAUAGAAGCCAUGCAAACUCGCUUCCCCGUUGACCAUCCCGCCGAAGACUACGAUCAGAUCAACCACGCCUACGAUGCAGCAAUGAGGAGAGUGUAUGAUCAGUUCCCCACUGACCUUGACGUCAUGGCUCUCUACGUAGACGCAAAGAUGCAUACAGCGCAGCGCAAGAUGUUCCACAUCAAGACUGGCCUCCCCAUCGAGACAUCUCCCGUCUACGACGUGCAAAAGCUCUUCAAAGAUGGCUUGUCUCUUCCCGGCGCAGAUACCCAUCCGGGUCUGCUUCAUUUCUGUAUUCAUUUCUGGGAAAUGUCCGCCACUCCUGCCGUUGCGCUCCCGCCAGCAGACGCUUUACGCCAUCUCGUCCCUGACGCUGGGCACCUGCACCACAUGCCUACUCAUCUCGAUGUUCUGGUUGGCGACUACCGUCGCUCAGUCGACUCGAAUACCGCAGCAGUCCAAGCGGACGAGAAAUUCCUCGCCCGCGAAGGUGCAAAGAACAUGUACAGCUUCUACCGUCUUCACAAUUACCACUCGCUCAUCUACGCGGCGAUGCUCUCCGGUCAGUCCAAAAUCGCGCUGAAAGCCGUAGACCAGAUGGAAGCCUCAAUCACAGACGAUGUCCUCCGAGUAGACUCUCCACCACUAGCGGACUGGCUCGAGUUCUUCAAGUCAGUGCGUGUACACGUCUAUGUCCGCUUCGGACUCUGGGAAGAGCUCAAAGCACUCCCAAUCCCUGAAGAUCAGGACCUCUACUGCGUCACCACAGCCAUGAUGCACUACGGCAAGGCAAUCGCAUUGGCAGCUACAAACAAUGUCUCUGAAGCUCUGAAAGAACGCACCCUCUACGAAGCGGCUGCUAAACGCGUCCCUCCUAGUCGGAAAGACUACCCGAACCUCAUCAUCGAUAUUCUGAAGGUUGCGACGGCCAUGCUAGACGGCGAGAUUGAGUACCGUCGUGGGAACUUUACGCAGGCGUUUGAAAGCCUUCGCGAGGCAAUUCGUCAUGACGAUGCGCUGAUGUAUACUGAACCGUGGGGCUGGAUGUUACCUACGCGACAUGCGUAUGCGGCCUUGUCGCUGGAGCAAGGCCAUGUGGAGGAGGCUGCGAAGGCGUAUGCGGAGGAUUUGGGUCUAGAUGCGGAAAUUACUCGGGCGCAUCAGCAUCCGAAUAAUGUGUGGGCGCUGCAUGGGUAUCAUGAGUGUUUGGUGAGGUUGGGACGUGGAGCAGAGGCGCUUAUCAUUAAGCAACAGUUGGAUGUUGCUUUGAGUGUGGCUGAUGUGGACAUUAAGUCUUCGUGCUUUUGUCGGUUGGGUGUGCAGGGGUCGCAGUGUUGUUCAUGAGUUUGUUCGGGUGUAUAUACAUGAGUCUU